AUGGCGCUCAGCCUCUUGAACCCUGCUCCCUCCUCCAAGAUCGCACUCAAAGCUCCAGUCCCGCCACUCCCGAACCGCUCGUUUCUCUUCCCGCCACCGCGCCUGCCUGCUCUCCACGUUGCCCUCCUCCUCCGCAGUCCGCCGCACCGGCGCGUCCAGUCGUCGUCGGCGCCGUCGGCCCCGCCGACGGACGGCUCCCCGACGCCACCAUCGUCGAGGGAGGAGGCGGUCGCGCAGGCCAGGUCGUGCCUGGCCACGGCGCUGCGCAAGCCGCUCAACAACUCGCUCCCGGCGCGGAAGCUCAAGAAGCAGCAGCGGCAGGCCCGGUUCCGCGCCGAGAUCCCCGUGGUCGACGACUCGCCGGGCUCCCUCGCGCGCCUCGCCUUCGACGUCUUCUCGGGCCUCGGCGUGUCCCGGAAGGGCUCGCCGGCGAGGCUGCUCCUCGUGUGGCCCUCCGCGGAGGACCAGGCGGUGGCCGUGCGCGAGUUCAAGAACUGGGGGGACACGUCGGCGCUGGCGCACGCGCAGCUGGACGCGGUGGCGCCGGACGCGCUGGGCGCCUGCGACGCCGCCGUGUUCCUCUCGCCGGGGCGGCCGCAGGUGGAGAAGCUGCGGGCGGCCGUCAGCGCGCUGGACCCCAGGCCGGCGGUGCUGUUCAACCCGGGGUGGAGCUACGAGGUGGAGGAGGAGGGGUUCGGCGGCGUCGCCAAGGGCUUCGUGGGCUCCUUCAACGUGGUCUACUCCUUCAUGGGGCUGGAGGUGAAGGGGCUGCUGAGCAAGAAGAAGGGCGUGCUGCUCCGGUGCGUGGAGGGCGGCAGGUUCGGCGGCGAGAGCUGGGUGCUCAUGAUGGAGGACGAGGAGAAGGAGCCGGAGCUGAAGGUGGUGUCGCGGAUGAAGCGGCGGCCGACGGUCGGCGAGGUGGAGAACAUGAUGUACAACCUCAUGGCCGCCAACUCGCCGGUGACCAAGUCCGCCAGGUUCCUCAGGGAGCUCGUGUCCAACGUCACGGGAAGGAAGGGGAAGCCGUGA